CCACUGUAUGAACUAGUAGAGCAAGCUCCGCCUCUGCAUUGACGCACUGAAAACGAGGAACUGCGUUCCCGUUACAUAAAUAUAAAACAUCUGCAGUGAAUCUGACGCACUUCAUCACUCGUCGUAGGUCAUAUAUGCGCGUUCAUGUGCUGUGAGCGCCUGUGAGAAGUGACGCGCUCAAUGGAAGCAUCAGUGCUGUGUGUAUGUGACUUAACUUACACUACAGGAAGCGCCGAUGUGAACGACACAAGGGAUUUUAUGAUGUACACAAGGAUCGUACUGUAACAGCUGAAAGGGUCUAUUUUGUGCAAAGCUGUGAUUAAUACUGAACAAGAAAAACAGCAAAAAUCAGGGCCUCAGUUAUGGCAGAGUUACUGCGGCUGCUCCUGGAUGUGUCUGAAAAGGCAGCUAAUGUGGCCCGAGUCUGUCGACAAGAGGCGGCGCUCUUUGAACUCUUGGUACAGGAAAAGAAGGGAGCUGACAAAAACAAGAAAUUUCUCAAGGACUUCAAGACGCUCGCUGAUGUGAUAAUACAGGAAAUGAUUCGGCAUGAUGUUUGUGCCCAGUUUCCAGAGUUAAAUGGGUUCAUUCAUGGAGAGGAAUCGAACACAUUUGAGAAUGGACUCGGUGAGAGUGUUACCGUGACAGUAUGUGCUAAGGAGGAGGACACGGCGGCUUUGUUGGCUAAAGUUCUGGACGGUGAUCUAACCGCUGCGUCUCUCCUGACCAAAGCCAUCCAUCACAAGCUUCAGCUCAGAGACGAGAAAGCUGAAUCUCUGCAGCUGUCACUCAGCUCUGAUGAGGUGGCCAUCUGGAUUGAUCCCAUUGACGGUACGAGUCAGUACAUUGAAGGGAAGGAGGAAGAGGAGCCGGAUGAAGGCUUUUGUCCAUCUGGGCUCCCGUGUGCACUGGUUCUGAUUGGGGUUUACCUACGCGCCACUGGCCAACCAGUGAUGGGUGUCAUAAACCAGCCAUUCAAAUGUAAAGACUUCAUGGGUCAAGGAUGGAGAGGACAGCACUUCUGGGGUGUUUCCUACGGCGAUGUGAAUGUUUGCUCAUUCACACAGCGCAGGCCGUUGUGUCUUCAGAAAAGAGAUCAUCUGUCCGUGAUGUUGAGCUCCAGUGAAAAGCCAGAGGUGAAAGAUGUGCUCACAACGCUCUCCAACGUCAAACUGAUGUAUGCGUCUGGUGCAGGCUACAAGAUCCUGUGUGUCAUCCAGGGUUUAGUAGAUGUGUACUUGCUGUCAGAGGGUAGCACUUUCAAGUGGGACUCUUGUGCGCCUCAUGCAUUGCUACGAGCUCUGGGCGGGGGGAUAUCAGACCUGAACGAGUGCCUUCGCUCUAGCUUGAAUGGAAGCGAUGGGCGCCGACCUGAACUGACCUAUCACGAGCCCAACAACAAAAGUCAGGGUGUGGAUAAGUGGGCAAAUCGAGGAGGAAUAAUCGCAUAUCUGGACUCGAGCUUGUGCGAUAAAACCGUAGCAGCACUGGCUGGAAAAAUCUGAUGAAAUAUUGCGAGGCAAGCAUUUGAUUGAUAAUCGUGUGUCCUUUAGAUAGAUUUAUUUCAUUUUUAAGAUAGCUUGGGAUUUUUUAUUUUAAACUGUAAAUUUUGGGCAGAAAUAAAACAGCAAAAACAUUUUUUUAGCAGGCCCACUGAUAAAAAGAAAAAAGCUAGAACCUGACAGGUUAUCAUGUGGUCGCUUUCGUAGUAGAUGAACAUCAAUAGGAAACUGAAGGUCGUGAAAUUUUAUGGUGCUGGUUUACUUUGUUUCUUUUCACGUUAGCAUAGUCUUCUACUGACAAUGAUCUUGGUAUGCGGGUUUAUCAACAUUUGAGUGUUUUAAACUUAUUCCUCAAUAUGUUGUAUUUACAGACAUAAAACUACUUUGUUGUGGAGUUCUAAGUAAAGGUGAUGUAAGUUCACAAUAUGGAAAAAUUUGUUUUAACUUGUGUGGUAACAGCAGAGCUUACCUGUUGAAAUACUGUCAAAGGUGGUAAACCUGUAAAUCCUGUUAAACAAUAAAAUGGGAAACAAGGUGUUGACA